AUGGGUCUUUUCGGCCUCGCAACGAAGAAAGAAAAGAAACAACUCCAAGAUGAAAUCGAAAAGCGCGAUGUUACCAUCAAAGAGUAUCAACAAAAACUCGAAGAUGUUGAAGCAAGUUUGAAUCGCAUUAAAGUUUCUUCUGGCAUGAAAGAUUUGCCCGAAAACGAGCAGAUUGAGCAGUAUCAGAAAAUCAUCGUUGAUCGCGAUGCCGAAAUCUCCAACCUCCAAGCAAAACUCGCCGAUGCAACCCGCGAACUUGACGAGCAACUCAGCACUCAUGCCAAAAUGAUGGAAGCCGUCUUGAACGAAAAGGACAAGCAAAUCAAGGAAAAACUUCUUUCUCAAGCUUCCGAGCAGCAAGUUAGCUGUUGUGUUUUAAUUAAAAAGAAAUUGGACACGAACGACAAUUUGCGAAAAGCUGUCGCGGCCGAGGCUCUUGGAAAAGGAAAGCAGAGCGUGUGGACUUUCAAAAAGGUCGAGAAGAGUGAAGAGCAACAGAGAUUGAUCAAAGACGCGCUCUUGGCGAAUUCUUUCAUGCGCGGCCUCAGCGAGAACCAACUUGAGCGGCUGAUCGACGCCAUGGCCAGCACUAGCUAUCCGGCCAACGAGAAGAUCAUCAAGGAGAACUCGAAUGGCGACGAAAUGUACAUUAUUCAGGACGGAGAGGUGAGCGUCAGCAAGGACGGAACUCACAUCACCGAUAUCAAAAGAGGACUUUUCGGAGAGUUGGCGAUUAUGUACAACUGUCAGAGAACAGCUACUGUGACAUCAAAGACCCCAGUUACGCUCUGGAAACUUCAUCGAGGUGCCUUCCAAUUGGUUGUCAAAUCUGCUGGGGAAGAAAAACUCGAGGAAAAGUACCAACUGCUCAAGUCCCAGAAAGAUCUUUCCGGCUUGAAAGAAUCGAACUUGCGAAAAAUUGCCGACUGCCUCGAGGAAGAGCACUACGAAGACGGAGAUAUCAUCAUCAAACAGGGCGAGGUUGGUGAUAACUUCUUCAUCAUCCGAACUGGCUCGGUGAGAAUCACGGUCAACGAUGGCGAAGGCGAGAAAGAAGUAGCGCAAAAGGCAGAAGGAGAGUUUUUCGGCGAAAAAGCGCUUCUGACUUCCGACACUCGAUCCGCCAACGUCUACGCAGUCGGUGACAUCGUCUGCUACACACUCGACCGAAACUCCUUUACCAAUCUGAUCGGCUCUCUCGACGCUCCAGAAUCAACUGUCGAUCUUCACCAGAAAGCCGCGCCAACUCGAGUCGUUCCAGAAGAAAUUCUCGGCUGCAAGGACGUCAAAGACUUGACGGUCGUCAAAAACCUCGGCGCUGGUGGAUUCGGCCUUGUCAAGCUCGUCACUGUAAAGGGAAUCGACAACAGGGCUUUCGCGCUGAAAUGCAUCCAGAAGUGCCGCGUUGUCGAAUAUGGACAGGAGAGCCACGUCAUGGACGAGAAAAACAUCUUGGCAGAAAUGCAAAGCCCCUUUAUUCUCGGGCUUUUGAGAACAUUCAAAGACAAAAAAUUCGUCUACAUUCUUACCGACGCUUACCUCGGUGGCGAUCUCUGGCGAACGCUUUGCAACAAGGGACCUUUCAAAGACUCUGUUGCCCGAUUUUACGCCGCUUGCGUGGUCCAGGCUUUCGAGUACUUGCAUUCAAGAGACUACUGCUACAGAGACUUGAAGCCAGAAAAUCUCAUGGUUGAUGAGAAGGGCUACGUCCGACUUGUCGAUCUUGGAUUCGCGAAAAAAGUGCUCCCUGGACACAAGACUUGGACCUUCUGCGGAACUCCUGAGUACAUUCCUCCGGAGAUCAUUACCAACAGCGGUCACAACGUUUGCGCCGAUCUUUGGUCUCUUGGAAUUUUGAUUUUCGAGCUCUGUUCUCGAAAGACACCCUUUUUCUCAAACAACGACAUGGACAUUUACGAGAAAAUCCUUCAAGGAAUUCACGCGGUUUCAAUCCCCUUCCGAGUUUCCCGAAAGGCUGAGAGCUUGAUCAAACAGCUUUGCAAGCGAGAGCCAAGUGAGCGAAUCGGUUAUCAGAAGGAUGGAUUUGAAGAUAUUCGACGACAUCGAUGGUAUGCGGGUUUCGACUGGGAAGCGCUCCAAAAUGAAACAAUGAUUGCCCCACACCCUCCAAAAAUCUCAAGCUUCAAAGACUGCUCCAACUUCGAUUCCUUCAAAGCCGAAAGCGAGAGCAAAGUUCCUGAAGAAAACUCUGGCUGGGACGCCGAUUUCUAA